GUGUAUGUCAUACAGUAGUAACCCAUGCAGAGUGAGGUGGCAGUCUUAUUCCACAUUGACACUGACUUACUUACGCGCCUCUGUCUGUCUCUCUCUAUCUCUAUGUCUAUCGUUGAACGCACUUGAGGAGUAAAAGGAGUCAACAUGUCAUCGGGAAGUAUCUGUGAACGAUCCGGGAUCUAAUUAUCUUCUUGUGUGUGUUUUUAUAUUCGGUUGUGAGCGGACGGACUGUGAAGGCGCUGAUCACUAAGUUGCUCUUGACCCUGUUGGGACUUCGCUGGUGUGGAAUAGCAACAAAGGACGGGUGCGCGCAUUCAUGGGACGCGACUUUGACAGCUCUCCAUUUCUUGUCUUUUAACUUUAUUCGCCUGACAGCAGGGCCAGGGUUGCUACUCGCGCGGCAGCAUCAUGGCUGAGGCGCCGCUGGCCGAGCCACUCAUGGACUCGGACGUGGCCAUCGACCCGGACUUCGAGCCUCAGAAGCGGCCCAGAUCUUGCACCUGGCCGCUGCCGCGACCAGACUCGAGCGCGGCGAAACCGGAGAGCAACGACACUGAUAUUAUCCCCGAGGAAGAGGACGAUGAAGAGGACUGUGCCACCCCCACGGCUGUUACUAUCAACGGUUCUGGUGUGGCGACAGAAGACCAGAACAGCAACAGCCCCGGCGCUGCCGACGGAUCCCUCUCGUCCCCCGGACAGGAGAGCGGAGGCUCCCCGCGCUCCGCGCACUCCCCGUCGGCCACCUCCGGCGCGCUGACUCCCAGCAGCCUGGCUGCACAGCAGACCCCGAGGAAAGCGUCCUCGCGCCGCAACGCGUGGGGGAAUCUCUCCUACGCUGACCUGAUAACCAAAGCCAUCGAGAGCGCACCCGACAAGAGACUGACACUGUCCCAAAUAUACGACUGGAUGGUGAGAUCCAUCCCUUACUUCAAAGACAAAGGCGACAGCAACAGCUCUGCAGGCUGGAAGAACUCCAUCCGACACAACCUCUCCCUCCACAGCCGUUUCAUUCGAGUCCAGAAUGAGGGGACAGGGAAGAGUUCCUGGUGGAUGAUCAACCCCGAGGGAGGGAAGGGUGGGAAGGCUCCUCGCCGCCGUGCAGUGUCCAUGGACAACAGCAACAAGUACACCAAGUCUGCCCGUGGCCGCGCUGCCAAGAAGAAGGCGGCCCUGCAAGCUGCAGCUGCUGCAGCGGGUGAAGGCAGUGGGGACAGUCCUUCAGGUCUCUCCAAGUGGCCAGGAAGCCCAACGUCACGCAGCAGUGAGGAGCUUGAUGCCUGGACAGACUUCCGUUCCCGCACUAACUCCAAUGCCAGCACUGUAAGCGGGCGCCUCUCACCAAUUCUGGCCAACCCUGAGUUAGAUGAGGUGCCCGAUGAUGAGCCCCCCCUCUCGCCUAUGUUCUACUCCAGCCCUGGCAAAACGCUCUCUCCUGGCAACACCACAACCAAUGGGAAGGCUGUUCCUACUGAACUGCCCCGCCUGGCAGAUCUGGCAGGCACAAUGAACCUGAAUGAUGGACUCACAGAUGAGCUAAUGGAUGAGCUGCUUGAUAACAUCAACCUGGUGCCAACCACUUCCAGCCAGUCCUCUCAAAAUGAUUCCUCAGGGUUCAGUUUUGGCUCCAAACCCAACGGGCUUGGCUCACCUUCCUCCAACUCCUCUUCAUCCACCAACCCUUCUUCUAAUGGUGGAGUUAAUGGCUUCAGUAACUCCAUUUUUGGACCCCACACGACGGGUUCUCUGCGUCCGUCCCCCAUGCAGACCAUCCAGGAGAACAAGCAGACCUCCUUCUCCAGCAUCAGCAUGUCUCGCUUUGGCGGCCAGACACUACAGGAUCUGCUCAACUCUGACAGUCACAGCCACAGCGAUGUCAUGAUGACUCAAUCAGACCCACUAAUGUCACAGGCCAGCGCCGCAGCUGUUAUUUCCCAGAAUUCCCGUCGUGGUCUCAUACUCCGCAACGAUCCUGUGAUGACUUUUGGGACCACCGGGGGUCUUCAGGGCAGCCAAGGUGAGAUGCUGCAGGGUAACAACCACAACCAAAGCUCCCUGAGAUCUUUAAAUGGAGGUCUGAACCUAGCUAACGAGGCUAACACUCUGGCUAAUGUUAAGCAGCAGCUCUUGCUCUCACCCUUGGGAGGUAAUGGGUCAUCCUCUAUGCAGAUCGACACUUCCCUCUUCCUGAAUGGAACCGUUAGCAGCAGUGGAGGGAUCUGUCAGGAGCGAUUCCCCACAGAUCUGGAUUUGGACAUGUUCAACAGCAGCCUGGAGUGUGACAUGGACUCCAUCAUCAGGAACGAGCUGAUGGACGCAGACGGCCUGGACUUUAACUUUGACUCUUUGGCCAACAUGAACGGAGUUGGCAACUUCACUAGCACCAAGCAGAGCUGGGUACCUGGCUGAGAGGGUCAGGCCAGGAUGGAGCAGAGCAGGUCUGAACUGUGUGGUGCAAGAGAAGAUCAGCCAGACAACAUCCUUUUUGCCAAACCUGCCAUCAGCACAAUAUGAAAUAAAAACCCUAUGUUUACAGAAGAAGACUUCCUCUCGAGAGCUUUACCUGUUGCUCCCACACUGGUGAACUAUGAACAAUCUGACAGACUUGUAGAGAUGCUGCACAUAAUCCCUCAAAGCCUCCUGUGAAACGAACAGUAAAAAUAAGAAGAAGAAGAAGAAGAAAAAAAGAAAGCUACGGCAAACAAUCACAACAAAUCUCAGAGUUAUGCAAUGUUCCUUUGACCCCUGUCAAUAGACUCUGCUUAUCAAAAGGACGUUUCAGGUGAAAUCCAAGGACUAAAGCAAAGAUGGGAGGAGUGCACGGUGCAGUUGUUCCCUUAGAAGAAGAGAGACAGAAGUGUAAAGUGAAAAACAUCAAGAAGUGAUGUGGUGUAAAUCUGAUCCAGUGGUUUCCUGGGAAGUUUAAUGAUGAAUGAAAAAAAAAAAGUCCCUCUGUUCUCCCUUAGAGAUUUUAAAUGUUCAGUGUUUGAUUUUUGGAUUUUCUGUUUAAUCAUUAAUUGCUUCUGCGUCAUACAUGUCUGUACAAAAAACAAAACAAAAAGACUGGUCUGUCAAAAUCAAAAUCAAAACAAUGGAUAUGGAGUUUAGUCGCUGAGCAGCCACACAUCCAGUACAUGCAGACACAAACGUACACACUUCCCCCCCCACUGUUCGCAAGAAGUUUAGAAGUUAAACUAUCUCAAUAUACCGUCAUGCACGACCAGUUUCACUCUUAUAAAUUGCUUGAAUUUAACGUAACUGCAGCAUACUGAGGGGGUUAUAUUACAGUUAGUCUGAUACUACAAGAUAUGUUUUCUUUUUCUGUGUAUAUCUAACUGCAAAAAAAAAAAAAGAAUGAAAUAAGACUUUAGGAAGAAAAUCUCUGUCAUGGAUAUUUGUACAGUGCAGUGCAGGGCGGUGGAAAGUUCAACAAGGGGAGGAGAGGGGGAGGGGGGUUACUGUUUUGUGUUUUUCUUAGCCUCUGAUGAGCUCCGUCGAGGUCACUUAUCACAGCAUAUGAUGUAGCCAAAAUGAAUACCUGUGUCCUAGGUUUGUGAACAUUUCCACACCAUAACAGGUGCUAUGUAAACAGUGUUGAAUCCUGUCCUCAGAGCAAGCCGUGAGUUUUAGAUUGUUGUUUUUUUUUUUGGUUUUUUUUUUUGUUUACCUGUUUUUUUUCCCAUGACCUGCAGAAGCAAAGCUGCGGCCACCUGUAGCACGGCGAGGUCGAACAUGUAGACGGCGGGGAGAGCAGGGUUUUAGGCUCAUUCCUCUAGAAGCCAUCUGUUUCUCGAGUAAAACAAUAAGCUAUCUCUGUAUAUUGCCAAAUUACUUGAAACAAACAGUAGGAUAUGCUGGCAGCCAAAUCACAGCAUGCACAUUCACACUCACACAAACACACGCACACACACACACACAUAUGACACACACACACCUAGAUAGAAAAAAAAGAAUAAUACCAGGGAUCUGUGUUAAGCUCUGCUGUUUUCUUGAAAUGAGCUUGUAGGGCUUGAUAUGCAUAUAUACAGUAUAGAAUCACUCAGGGGGGAAAAGGGAGGCUUCCCAUUUAAGUAACAUCAAGUCACAUUCUAAUGGUGUUUCAACAUUUCUUGGUAAAAAAAAAAAGAAAUAAAACAGUAAUGCUUUGUGUUUGUGAACUUGUAACCUGUGAACUUUUGAUCAUUAUGACGAAGAGGAGGAAGCAAGAAUGUUGGACUUCACGCGGUCUCUUAUUUGUUUUUUGGCUUUUUUUUUUUUUUGGUUUCGCCGUCGCUUUUUUCCACUUGUCGGACUCGUGACGCGCACAUGCACACAUCCCCUCACGGACACGCCUGGUGCUCCUGCCGGUGACUUCCUGUAUCUCCUGAGUGUGUGUGUGUAUCUACGGCGUGUUUUUCUUCUGUUGAAAUAAUCUCACGAUGACGUGUAACCUCCCCCUUUGCGAUCCCUCAUGGUGCACACAACACAGCAGACUGUAUGCAUGUAUGUGUAUUUAUGCAUUAUGAACUGUGUGAAAUGCAUAUAUAUAUACUCGCUGUAUGUCUCUGUAUAGGUAGUACUUGACCCGUUGGAUUUUGUGAUACCUCUGAAAGGUAAAGUUGAAGAAGCGAUGAACAACAUUACAUGCGCCAGGUAGAGGGGAACGCUGUUGUCAGUGACACAGUCUUUGAAAACAGUGUAGCAUCUGCAGACCCUGGUACCCCCUGUCUUCGUCUGGGGGCAGUGACAUGAAGCGUGUGUCCUUCUGUGUAUAAUAGUGUACAGAUGUGUGCGUAUCACUUUGAGGCCAAGGAAGAGGAGUGUGUAUGGUGCAUGGUUGGCUAGAAUGAUCUCCUGUGCUAUCUGAGGUUUAGUGCAUGACGUAGCUGACCCCCCUUCUACCCUGCCAAUGGUGCCGUCCCUUGACAGAAUUUGUAAUACAGAGAAGAUCCCUGUAUCUUAAGCACUCAAAUGCACACUCGGUGUGCAUUUUUUUUAAAUCAGGGCUCACAGAGCAGCACUUGAACUAUCCAUCUGCAUUAAGGGGUUUAUUAUUAGAAGUGUACAUCAACAUCGGCACGGGGGAAAGCGCCUUUAAUGGACGCUCCUCAGCUUCUCACUUGAUUUAUUCCACGUGAAGAACAGUAAGCUCACGUCGUCCUGGUGCUCUCAGUGAGUCAUUGUUUUUUUUUUUUCCUUGACGUGGUCGACGGUGAGCUGGAACCUGUUACAUCUCGUCACAUGUAAGAUGUCCAUCUUUCUUUCGUCAGGUGGAAUCCCUGAGCCUAUUCCCAAACCGCUUAUUAUUUGAAUUUAUCACGACUGUACUAAACAUGGCUUUAAUCCUCCUGUGAAGUCGAACAAGGUGAACCCAGGGAAUCCCUUCUAUUUAAAGAGAGGUUAUUGAUCCCUGAUGAACUGCAAAAAGGGGGAUUUCAAUCACAGCACGGUGUUGCAAAUGUUUUUUUUGUUUUUUUUUAUGUACGUUCAGAUUUAAACUUUAAAUCUGUGCUUGUCGGGGAGUUCUGGCUUUUAGGGGAGGUUUACACUCAGUGAUAGUGGAGCAGGCCUUGCACACAGAUUAUUCUCUUCUUGUGCUCAACACACACACACCUGCAGCACAACACGUGCAACUAUAAUACUAAGAAAAGCAAAAAAAAACAAAAACAAAUAGAAGAGACAUACCACUAGAUACCUUAAUCACCUCUUGGACAUUUCCUUUCUAUCCUUGUUAAGAGGCCCAGUCCAGCUCCCAUCCAUACACCCUCUGAACUUUGCCCUUUAUUAAUCUUGCUUCUUCUUGACUUGAUGUUAGUGGGUAUUUUUCCUGUGUAUUCCAUUUUGAAUUGUAAUCUAGUUUGUAUAAGAAAUGGUGCGCAUGUAAAUAAAGCUUGGUGAGGCUCCACA